AUGUUUGGAAUCGCAAUUACUGGGCUCUAUCUGAAUCAUCCAAUCCUGAUGCUACCUGAUGGAGUCCACAAGAUCGUAAUGUCGUUAUGCGCUCUAUUCUAUAGCCUUCACGAAACGGACAUCGGGAAUGAGAACGCCGAAUUUCGCUUGGUGCUUGUCAUUAUCGCCGUCUUCCUACAGUUCGCCGAGAACUACGUCCUGUUCCAACUGCUAUCGGCUAAACAUCAACAGCCAGAUCAAGGGGCCCAAAGCUCACCUCCACCCACCUACGAUCAGCUGUGGGUUGUGGAAGUUUGUCAGCAAUCAAGAUCGUGUCCUGUUACGAAAACCGUGAUGUCCAAACAGGUGAACGAGGAAGCUCGUCCAGAAACUCCUCCCCCAUGCUAUGAGCUGGCCCGAGAUGACAAAGACACCUAUCGCCCUACUGCCGGUAUCAAGCCAGGUCUACUGUAG